AGCAUUCUGACAACUUGAAAAAGUUUUCACAUUCAUUCAAGAUUCUAAUAUAUCUAAUAAUUAUAAAAUAAACUCAAUAUAUUUUUGUAUAAAUACAUAUAUUUUGCUAAAAUAUAUUUUUCUCCUCACCUAAUUGACCGAGGUCAACAUUUUGAAAAUUAGUUUAAACAAUUAAAGAAAAUAUUCGAAUAAAAAAUAAGUAAUGUCUGAUUUGCUGGUUGAAGUGAAAAAAUUGGAGCCACGCGCCAUAUUCGGUGCUAAUGGUAAGGUCGAAAGUGGCGUCCAGUUACAUCCCGAUAAGGUGAGCAUGAUAUACUCACUGGGCAACAAAAUCGGCAUCGCCAAUACGUUAAAUAAUAAGCAAGAGUUCUUAAGCGGACAUACACAUGCUGUCUCAUGUCUAACCAUCAGCAAAAGUGGUCAGUACUUAGCUUCGGGACAACGAAAUCACAUGGGCUUCCCGGCUUACGUAAUUAUGUGGGAUUUUGCAUCGCGCAAGCAAUUGGCUCGCCAUGAUCUUCACAAGGUUUUGGUACAAUCGAUCUCCUUUACGGCAGAUGAAAAAUGUUUGGUAUCUGUUGGGGGAAAAGACGAUGGCACUGUAAUUGUGUUGGAUACCGAAGCGCGUACACCAAUAUGUCAAGCACCGGCAGCUCGUUCAAUAUCCGGCAAUGCACUCACCAUUUGUUCUUUGCAUAACAGUCCGUCACAUUUCAUCGUCGCUGGGGAUCGACACCUACGCAUGUGGAGCAUACAGCGCGAACAGAAGAAGCUUCAUGUCCAUGAUAUGCAUGUGGGAAAACUUCAACGCAUCUAUACAGGCAUGCAGGUGGAUGAAACGGAUCAAUACCUUUAUUUAGGCACCAUGACGGGUGAUAUUGUGAAGGUCGCACUCAAGUGUUGUGAUCCGGUCAACGUAACGAAAAUCGGCAUGACCGCGUCGAUGUUGGGCGCUUUUGGUAAGCAUAAUCCACGCAAGCCGUACGGCAAGGAUUGUGAACGUUAUGUCAACGGCGUACGUCACUUGUGCAUUGUGAAGAAGGGACUGAUUUUGGUGGGUGCCGGCGAUGGUACUUUGGAGUUGGUGGAAGAGCGUAAGGACGUUUCGCUAGAAUGUAUGAAGAAUUAUCCGUCUCCAACUUGGCCAAUAUUUCGCACGCUCAAGCGCGCAACUGUACAUGCCGCCGUGACAUCUUUGGUGCGAACCAAGCCAACCAGUGAUGAGUUCAUAGUGUCUACAGAACUAAAUGAAAUAUGGUUUCUGAAUAUUACCAAAUUCUCGUGCAAGCUGUUGAAAACUUGCCAUCGCAAGCCAGUUAAUCAAAUUGUGUUUCCUAAAAAUUUAUCGACGGUCUUUGCCUCGGCUGGCUAUCAGAGUAUACGAAUUUGGUCGAUCGGCCGUUUACAGGAGAUAUUACGUAUUAUGGUCUAUAACUUUAAGUGUGUGUCCCUGCAGUUCACCAAUGAUGGCAGUAGCAUUGUGUCGGCUUGGAAUGAUGGUGUCAUUCGUGCAUUUACGCCUAUUACAGGACGCUUGAUCUACGCCAUACCAAAUGCUCAUAAUAAAGGGUGUAGCGCAUUGCGGGUCUCAUCGACUGGCCGCUUAAUCGUCACCGGUGGUGUUGAGGGUCAAGUGCGUGUUUGGAAAAUUGAACCAUAUCGGCAGAGUUUAAUCGGCGUCUUAAAGGAUCAUUCUGGACCGAUAUCGUCGCUAGACUUUAAUCAUUUGGAUACUGAAGUUAUAUCCGCUUGCGUGGAUGGCUCCUGCGUUAUUUGGGACGUAAAUCGCAUGACCCGUAAGUUCGUCGUCACCUCUAAUACACAGUUUAUGUGUGCUCGCUACUUUCCGACCGGUGUUCAAUUGCUUGCCUGCGGUUCCGAUGGCCGCAUUAGCUAUUGGAUGGUUUACAAUGGCAGUCUUAUACGUGAACUUCACGGCACGAAGAAGAAUUCGAUUAACUUUUUGGAUAUAAAUGCAACUGGCGAUUACUUUCUAACGGUGUCAAGUGAUCAGACUGUUAAGAUGUGGGAUUAUAAUCGUGGCAUAACAGUUUGCGCGGGCUACGAACACUCAUCGCCCGUCCUAAGUUGUGCUUUUAGUCCGGAUGGUAGAUUAUUUAUUACCGGCAGUGUCGAUGGGGCAAUUAUUAUAUGGGAUGUACCGCAAGAAUUCUGGGGUAAGCCAAAUCCUCCUCCACAAACUGCGAUGCCGGAAACCGCUGCCAAAGCCGAAGCACCCGCUCAACCUUCUGCGAGAACCUCAAAGCCAGAAAAUAUCGAUAAUCUCUUGAAGAGCUCGGCAAAGGACAAUGUUUGUUGUGUUGAGUGUCCACCGAUUAAUAUGAAGAAACAACCGGAUAUCAAUUGCGAUUAUAUACCGGAUAUAAAAAAAUGUUAAUUUAUUUUGUACAUUUACUUGACAUUUCGAUGAAAUAUAUUGUACAUAUUCGAAAUAUAGAAA